AUGGCCUUUUUACAUGCUCAUUCAUGUGAAUGUCUUAAAUCAGAAUUGGAAUUAUUCACUGUACCACCCACACAGGCAACAAUUGAAAACUCACAAUGGAUACACUAUAAACCGAUAUCAUCGUUAACUGAUGAUUCACCUAUAGAAUUUGUUGUACCGGGACAAGGAGAAGAAUACGUUGACUUACCACAUACAAUGUUGCAUAUGUGCGUUCAAAUAAGGCCUACUGUUUACAAAAAAAAAACAAAAGUUGUUACAGAAGCUUCAAAAUCCUCAGAUGUAACUGAUAAUCUCGUAGGGCCUGUAAAUAACUUUAUGCACUCGUUAUUUAAUCAAGUGGAUAUUUUUUUUAAUCAAAAACUUGUAUCACCCCCAAACAACGCUUAUGCUUACCGAGCUUAUAUAGAAACAUUGCUUAAUUAUGGUCCUGCUGCAAAAAACUCUCAUUUAACGAGUGUAAUGUGGUAUGAAGAUACAAGUGGUGCAAUGACCAAAUUCGAUUUAAAUCAAGGUUUUGUAAAACGACAUUCAUUAACAAGUAAUAACAAGAAACUUGAUCUUAUGGGCCAUCUACAUUGUGAUGUUUUCAAUCAAGAAAGAUUUCUGAUCAACGGCGUAGAAAUGCGCUUACAAAUGGUACGCUCGAGAGAUAGUUUCUGUCUUAUGGAUAAAACUGAACAAAAUUUCGAGGUUCAUAUACUUGAUGCUACUCUACUUGUUAGACGUUCAAAGAUUUCACCGGGUAUAUUAUUAGCACAUGCUAAAGCUCUUUCGAAAACCACCGCGAAGUAUCCUCUUACGCGUGUUGAAGUGAAAUCUAUAUCUAUACAUAGCGGUAUAUACGGUGAAACACUCGACAAUGUAAUAUUAGGUCAAAUACCAAAACGUUUAAUAAUUGGCUUUGUUGAUAAUAAAGCAUUCAACGGAAAUCGUAAACUUAAUCCUUUUAAUUUUCAUCAUUACAAAAUUAAUUACUUAUCUCUUUAUGUAGACGGUAAACAAAUACCUAGUAAACCGUUACAACCAGAUUUUACGAAAGAAAAUUUAUAUAUGGAUGCCUAUCAUACGCUUUUUUCUGGAACAGAAUUGAAGUGCGUUUCGAAGAAGCGUUAG